AUGUCUUCUUCCAGAGAAAGUGCCGUCAUCAUUGAGCGUCGUCCACUCGACACAUCACCUGCUGCGCGAUUGAACUCCUACAACCACCACGCCUUGGCACCAUGGCUCGAGGAAACAGGCUACCUGACGCCCUUGUUCCUUUACAAGAGAGAGAAAGAGAUCGCGCCUUGCAAUAUGGGGCAGUGGCUGUCAUCAGCAAUCCAGCGACACAUGCUGCAUCCGCCAGUUGCUGUCCACCGAUUGUCUAAGACGGAAGUCGUUGCUUCAGAAGUGCAAUACGACAUGUCGAGCCCAGAACAGAGCGCGAGACUCCAGUCUCUUGCCGUCAGAAUUAAAGAGACUAUGGACGGCUUCGGCAAGACCUCCCCCCACGGGUACUUCGUUCGCAGGAGCCACUGCAGUCCCAAAGAUGCCGAUGCAGGAACACUACGACCCGUAUUGACGAUCAAAGACGCCCUCGUCAAGCUCGUGUCAUCGAACCAGCUCUUCUUCUUCCCGUACCACGCCGACCUAGAUCGCCUGAGCGAAUGGCGAUGCUACAUCAAAAAAAACAGGGUAGCCGCAAUCAGUCAGAGCAGUUUCUACCAGUGCAACCAUCCAGGAAUCACGAACGAUGCGCUCCGAUCUUUCGCGAUGCAAGUUCGCCGAUUGUGGGCCGACAUGGCUCCCCAACUGAGGUUCGACUCGUGUGUACUGGAUGUUUACGCGGAGGUCAAGAGCCCCGGCUUCGUCGUCAAUCUAGUUGAGAUCAACCCAUGGGGCGCGCAUGCGGGAUCCGGAAAUUUGCUAUUCCACUGGUUGGACGAUGCCGAUAUCCUCAACCGCGCGAGGUCGGAGCCGGAGCCGGCACCGGCCGUGGUCAUCAGACUCGUGGAAGAAGGCGAAUCGCCGGUGCUUUCACGCGAUGAGGCCUACCGGAUCGGGCGGGAACGGAUCAUCAAGGAUGAGCUGCGUUGCCUGAGAGAGCGCGGCUUGAAAUGGGUUUUGGGGGAUGAUGCGCACGCAAAAUUCAUGGCGCUGCCGCUGCCCGGUGCCUCUCCCAUGCCAACGACAAGAAAGGAUGGGCCUGAGAUCUUCCAACGGAAAAGAGCGGGCGACGACAGAAUAGGCGAUGGCAAGAGGUCAACCGCGAGAGAUCACCCUCGAUUUGUCAAGUUGAAAAGGGCAUUGCACGAUUGA